AUGACUCGUUCACUUCACCCACACAAAUAUUCCGAACUGGGGAGCAAUGAAUCGGUCUGGUCACGCCCUCUGUGCGUGCAGGGUUAUGUGCGGGGUCUACCGCGCGCCGGCAGAGGGCGGCAGGAGCGCUGCAGCUCGGCUCCAGUGUGGCGGCGCGCGGCUCUAAAUAUAGCGCCGGCGCCGCCCGCACCCACUGAUUCACACAUAACAAGACAGCGGCGACUACGAGCGACCACUGUUAUCCGUACCAGUCCCUGCACUUUCUGGGUUAACUACCAACAAAAUAAUGUUUUAUGA